CGGCAAGGCGCAGCCAUGUCGGGGCUCCUGGGGAAGCUGUUCGGGGCCGGCGCCGGCGGGAAGGGCGCGGGAAAGGGCCCGUCUCCUCAGGAGGCCAUCCAGCGGCUGCGGGAUACGGAGGAGAUGCUGAGCAAGAAGCAGGAGUUCCUGGAGAAGAAGAUCGAGCAGGAGCUGGCGGCGGCACGCAAACACGGCACCAAGAACAAGCGCGCUGCUCUUCAGGCCCUAAAGCGUAAGAAGAGGUACGAGAAGCAGCUUGCCCAGAUAGAUGGCACGUUGUCCACAAUUGAAUUUCAGAGGGAAGCCCUGGAGAAUGCCAACACCAACACUGAAGUGCUUAAGAAUAUGGGCUUUGCUGCUAAGGCUAUGAAAGCUGCUCAUGACAACAUGGAUAUUGAUAAAGUAGAUGAAUUAAUGCAGGACAUUGCGGAGCAGCAAGAGCUGGCAGAUGAGAUCUCAACAGCCAUCUCGAAGCCAGUAGGAUUUGGGGAAGAAUUUGAUGAGGAUGAACUCAUGGCAGAACUAGAGGAACUAGAACAAGAAGAAUUAGACAAAAACUUGCUGGAAAUAAGUGGUCCUGAAACAGUACCACUACCAAAUGUGCCCUCAAUAUCAAUACCAUCAAAGCCAGCCAAGAAGAAAGAGGAAGAAGAGGAUGAUGACAUGAAAGAGCUGGAAGCUUGGGCAGGAAACAUGUAACCACAGCAGUAAUUGGCUGGAAAAAGACUUUGAUUACCUGUUCUGGGUGCAAAUAUAUUGUGUUGAGGAGAAAGCAUAAGUAAAAUGUCUUUAAUUUUAACCUGAAGCAGUGGGAACUGCGUUGCUGUUUUCUGCAUAGCGUGGUCUGCACAAAGGAAAGAGAGGGGAGCAGAGGGAAUUGCCUGCAGUUUGUACGGUUGAGUUUCUGUAAAAAAGGUAUUUGCAAAAUUAAACAUUCAGCUUUUGGACUGUGCUAAUGCCACUGCUGGAUCUUCAUCUUCAAACGUUUGGGCGUAUUGAAUUGAAAUGAGCUGAAAAGCACUCUGUAAUUUUAAGUCAGUUUAAGUGUGUUUAGAAGUCUUGUAAGGCAUUUAAAAAAAAAAAAGGAAAAGUGGUAAAGCCACCAUCGGCUUCUUAUUGUGUUUAGGUGCAGGAAUACUUUAGGUUUUUAGUUCUUUGCAAGUUAUAUUUAUAUCCCUUGACUGAUGUGUGGCCAGCCUUGUGUCUGUCACUGCAACAACGUAGUCUCUGUUCCCAUUUUAAUUGGUGAUCAUGAUCUGCAAUUGACAAAUGCUAUCUUGGAAGUAGGGAAGGUUUAAAUUUCAGUUGUACAUUUUUCUACAUAGCACUACAAUGUUUAUUGCUUUUUGUGAUAAUUGAUAACCCAUUCAGAUAUGUGCACACAAUUAUUUUAAUUAAGAAACUACUAUGGAUUGCACUGUAUUAAAUAUCUUGAUUAAUUUUCA